AUGUUGAAACAUGUUCAGGCCGUACAUAACCGGAAGGUGAGAGAAAGGUGUCGUGUCUUCGACACGUGGAGAAGCAGCGACAGAGACGACGAAGCACACCCCUCUUCCUCUGCUUCAACCUGCAGUCCCAGUCCCAGUUAUAGUGCCGAUGAUGACAUUCAUGACAGCCAGAGUGACCAGGGCAGUGUUUGCUCUGCAGCACAGGGCUUUAACCCUUUUACCAUAGCGAGAAUGAUGGUGAAAAAUCCCCUCCCCUUCAACUUGGUGAACACAGACGAAUACAAAGGUCACUUGUGGAUUUACUUUAGUUGUCAUAGUAAGAUCAGUAAAGGUCAAAUCCCAGCUGAAUGUUGGAACAACAACUUAGCUGUACACCCCAUUCCUCCAGAACUGGGAUGUCUGAAUAGCUUAGAGCAGCACCUGAUUGCUUUACGCAUCCCUUUUAUGAAGGCGGUGGCGUUGCCGAAGGGUGGUCAGAAUGGUGUACAUGGGCCCGUUACUUGUGUUCCGGCCAACAUUGUACAAACCACCAAUGUGUUGCCGCGCUCCAGUAUGGAGGGGUCUCUGCUUCAAGUGAAGUUAAAGCGGAAGUUGACUUACAAAGGACACUACGAGUAUCAGUUUGUUGACUCGUGGCGUGUCAGGCGUGCUAUAGAGUACUUAAAGAGAACCAAUGUCUUGUAUAAAGACAUUGAGUUCAACGAGGAAUGGUCAAAUGCUUUUUGUAGGGAGGAAGAGGUUGUAGAGGAUGGUCAGGGUGACCAGGUUGUUGUAGAGGAUGGUCAGGGUGACCAGGUUGUUGUAGAGGAUGGUCAGGGUGACCAGGUUGUUGUAGAGGAUGGUCAGGCUGGUCAGGGUGACCAGGUUGUUGUUGACCCACAGUUCAGUGAGGAUGAGGCUGUAGAGCAGAAAGGUGGCCCAGAAGAGGAAUCCGAAGACAUUGUGCAAGAUGAACUGUUACAUGACAGACAACAGCACUGCAUGUUUCAGGACACUUGUCUUAUGCCCGUUGAUAUCGGUCAGGAAGCAUUAGUUCACUAUUUUAAGGAUGUUGUAUGUCUGGCCCCCGCGGAAGGUAAUAGUCCGGUUAGAAUGCUUUCUGACAAAUUCAAUGAGGCCAUGUGUUUUCCUGCGCUGUUUCCAAACAGCAGAAAUACAUUCCACGCCGACCGCGCGCAUCGUAUAACAUUGUUGCGCUACUUUAAUAACCGGGUAAUGCAUGCAGACGGCCGUUUUGCGCGCAACGUUGAAUACAUAUUCUUUUGUCAGUAUAUGUCCGAAUUGGACCAAGUCAUAAGUAGCAUUUCGGUCGCCAUGCGUAAAGGUAAGGGGGGUCAGCAUUCUCAGCGGAUUUUGCCGGACAUGCUCAAAGACGACGAGUCUCUGAAGCGCUUGCUACAGUUCGAUGACGGUUUUCGUUUCCUUCGGCCCAUUCGCGGGACGCCAGCUUUUUGGUCUUCCGUUCAGAAAGACCUUAUGGCUUGUGUCCGCCAAUUGGGGAUCCCAACAUGGUUCUGCUCCUUUUCGUCUGCUGAUCUGCGCUGGCAGAAUCUCCUUGCCAGCAUCCUGAGACAGGAAGGCAGACAGCAGACAGUAGAACAGCUAGAGUGGGCCGAUAGGUGCGAGCUGUUGCGGCGCAACCCGGCCACAGCCGCGAGGAUGUUUGACUACAGGUGGCACUGUUUUCUGAAGGAAGUACUCAUGUCCCCGUCUAACCCUGUUGGCAAGAUUUUGGAUUUCUUUUAUCGCAUUGAGUUCCAGCAGCGUGGGUCCCCCCAUGUUCAUGCGCUGUUUUGGAUUGAGGGAGCUCCCCAGUUUUAUAAAAACCCCGACUUAGAAGUCGCACAAUUUAUUGAUCAAUAUGUGACAUGUGAGCUACCCUCUGCCGAUGACACAUUAUCGGAAGUUGUGUCAUCGGUUCAACUGCAUUCGAAACGGCAUUCAAAGUCGUGUCGUAAAAAUAACACCAAAUGCCGUUUCAAUUUUCCCAAACCCAUCUCUGCACGCACAUUCAUCUGCAAAAUCCCAGAAUGUGUUUGUCCUAAAAAGGCAACGGGGACAGAGAGUGAGUGCCUUCCAGAAAACCGGCCAAAGUGCACCUGUUUAGAUAAGGACAAGAAGAUGCGAAAGGAGGUUGCGCAGAUGAUUAUGGAGAAAGUCAUGGACGCCAUGGAGAGGGAGGAGCCCUUUGGUAGCGUAGAAGAGUUGUUUGCCAGUGUGGGCAUCAACCAGGACGUCUUUGAGCUCGCUUAUUGGCGGCUGGAGACUAAGAAUAAGGUGGUUUAUAGGCGAGGGGUAAACGACACCUGGGUUAACCAGUACAAUAAGAAUCUAUUGAAGUGUUGGAAUGCUAACAUGGACAUUAGCUUUGUCACUGACGCCUACGCAGUCGUCAUCUACAUAAUCAAGUACAUCACAAAAGCAGAGAAUGAAAUUGGUCUGUUAUUGAGCAAUGCCCUUAAAGAAGCCAAUAAGCUAGGAAAUCUCUCUGCUAAAGAGGCUUUAAAGAAACUGGGCAGUGUAUAUUUACACAACAGAGAUGUAUGCGCUCAGGAGGCAGUGUAUAGGCUAAUGAGCAUGCAUUUGAAAGAAUGUUCCAGGAAGGUGGUGUUUAUUCCAACAGGGAAUAACAUUGUGCGGAUGAGCUUACCCCUCAGCGUGUUGUUGCAAAGGGCUUCCUCAGAGGGUCUCAGGUCCGAAAACAUGUGGAUGACGAGUGUUGUCGAGAGGUAUCAGAACAGGCCCGACGGUGUCGUAUUUGCCGAUAUGUGCAUAGCCACGUUUUGUUCGGAGUAUCGUGUUCUCACCAAGAAUGAAGACUCUGACAAAAAAAUUGCACUUCAAGGGGGUUUAGGGUUCAUCUUGCGGAGAACACGAACUCAGUUUGCCGUCGUCCGCUACAUGCGCUUUAAAUUAGACAAACAGGAGGAAGCCCACUUUCAGAGUUUGCUGCAGUUGUUCCUUCCUUAUAGAACUGAUUGUGAACUCAAGCCGGAAGGCUUUGACUUCUACAAACAGUUCCACGACGAAGGUAAUGUCACGUUGGCUGGCGGGACCGCACGGCCGGUGCGAGACGUCGUCGAUGACAACAGGGCAAAGUUUGAAGUGGACUGUCCUCGGUUAGAGCAUGCGCAGGAGCUUGCGGAUCUGUUAGGUCCUAAUGUCGAUGAGGAUGCGUGGGGGGACCUUCGUCCUGAACAGGAAAUCGAACACAUGGAGUGUUUAGAGGAGAGGCAGAAGCAGCAGCAGGGGGAAAUUAGUGACGAGCAGCUAGUUCAAUCUGAGGAAAAUGUCCCCGAUUUGUUUGUUGGUGGUAAACAAGUAGCUACGAUUGAGAGAAACACCAACAUUUUGUCUAGAAGGGAGGGUUUAGCUCUGCUCCAUUCUCUCAAUGAGACGCAGAGGAGCGUUUUGGAUAGGAUUAGGAAAUGGUGCUUAGAAAAGGUGAGGGGAAAAAACCCCGAACCUUUCCAUGUGUUCGUAACUGGUAAGGCAGGUACUGGAAAAAGCCAUUUGAUUAGAGCUAUCCAGUACGAGGCAGGGAGACUAUUGUCGCGUCUGUACAAACCAGAUGAAACCUGCGUGCUCUUAACUGCCCCCACAGGCAUAGCUGCAUACAGUUUACAUGCAGCCACAAUUCACCACACCUUCAGUAUUGGCAUACAGGUUAGUUUACCCUAUAUCCCUCUGGGGGAAGAUAAGAUAAACUCCCUGAGGGCUCAAUUUGGUCACCUACAAAUUCUCAUCAUUGACGAAAUCAGUAAGGUAGAUCAUCAUCUUUUAGUCUAUGUGCACGGCCGGUUAAGGCAAAUGAAGCAGACGGGGGACUUUUCUCCAUUUGGAAACGUUAGCGUUGUAGCUGUCGGUGACUUUUAUCAGUUGCCGCCCGUUAAAGGGAAGCCGCUGUACGCCAGUCAGGUGGGUGUGGACCUCUGGUGUCAUUUUACAAAAGUAGCACUAACAACAGUUGUGAGGCAAAAAGAUAGUGUCUUUUCUGAGCUGCUCAAUAGGCUUAGAGUUCGGGCGAAGGGAACCCCCUUAUUGCAAAGCGACGUCGAUAUCCUCAAGUCCCGGGAGACGGGGGAAGAGAGCGCUGCUUUGCAUAUUUAUCCCACGAAUAUGCAAACCAGCCACCAUAAUCUGGAGAGGUUAUUCGCAAUCUGUCCAGAUUAUGUUACAAUCGAGGCGCAAGAUUUUAUCAACAGUAGGAAGACGGGUCAAUUAGAGCACGUGGCUGAUCAUCACGCUAAAACGUCGUACACGUGUUUGGUCAAGAGUUUGUGCUUGGCUCCGAACGCACGUGUAAUGCUGUGCAAAAACAUUGCCGUGGCAGACGGUCUGGUCAAUGGCGCAUGUGGAACGGUCACUUAUAUUCAUUUUGGAGCCGAUAAAGACUUCCCCCUCACAGUUUAUGUGAAAUUUGAUGACCCAAAAAUAGGCUCACAAAGGAGAAAGGAACGUUCCCAUGCUGCUGUAGAAUGCCCGCAUUCUACCGCCAUUGAUCCCGUGGAGGAUUCCGCGACAAAAUGCGGCGGUUUGCGUCGUCAGUUUCCGCUUAAACUCGCGUGGGCCUGCACUGUUCACAAAGUGCAAGGUCUAACUGUAGAUGAGGCUGUCGUGUGUUUGCACAAGGUUUUUGCAGCUGGGCAGGCGUAUGUCGCCCUCAGCCGUGUCAGGGAUAUAUCCGGCCUUGUCAUUACUGACUUUAAGGAAAAGGCCAUUUACUGCAAGGACGCCGUCAAGGAGGCAUUGGAUAGCAUGCCCCCAUUUCUACUUGAGCAGCCACAGCCCUCGUUAGAACCCCGCAGUUUCUCCGCGUAUUUACUGAACGUCCAAAGUUUACCUUGCCACGCCGCUCAUUUGAUGUCUUGUACGCAGCAUUUACAGCCUACCUGUAUUGCUGUCACAGAGACGUGGCUCACUGCACAAUCCCCGACAGACUGUGUCCAAAUACAGGGAUACACUUUCCACAGUCGUCCCCGAGCCUUGUGUUACAGUAGCAAUGAUUUCAAAUUAGCUGAGAUUAGAGAUUUACAACAUGGCGGAGUAGGUUUAUAUGUUGUAGAUAAUUCGGACUGUGAGAUUCUGCAGGUGCCCGAUUUAAAUCUGGAGUGUUUGGUGUGCCUGUUUACCAAAGAAAACAUUUUGAUGGCAGUCAUUUAUCGUCCGCCAUCUUACCCAAAUUUACUUUUUAAAUCCAAUCUGGUGAAGUUACUUGAUUGGGUCACUCCACUCAGUAACACAAUUGUUAUAAUGGGAGAUUUUAAUGAAGAUCUUCUCAAACAUUCAUCAAUUUCUAAAUUAAUGGGCCAAAAUGGCUUUUCGCAGCAUGUAACACAAGCGACUACAGAGAAUGGGACAUUAAUUGACCACAUUUAUGUCAAAACAACGCAGUAUGCUGUGGAUUGUGCAGUGCUGUCCACUUAUUUCAGUGACCACGAAGCCAUCCUGUGUGCUUUUCGUGGUCAAGAUGAAGGUGAUGCGUUUAAUUUGGAGUUGUUGUUUGCAGAGCAGUUUGCUGACGAAGAGGCGUGGUAUGAGGUGGAGAAGGCCAAUCUGAUCUCUCAGCUAGAGCAGGUUAGCAAGGUAGCUAUUACUGCUGACGGCUGGACAGCUGUCACGCAGGAUCACUACCUCUCCGUAACUGUGCACUACGUCUCGGAGGGUCAGUUAACGGAGAAAGUCCUCAACACCAGAGCCGAAGAAAUAGAUGAGAUCCUGGAAGAGUUCAAGAUCCAAGCGAAGGUCGUGGCAGCCACCGUUGACAACGCUGCCAAUAUGAAUGUUGCUCCCAAGAAGCUCCACCUGCUCAAUAUCCAACUGGGCAGCGAGGAUUUGUGCCAUGGUGGCGUGGUUGAAGCGGUCCCACAGGGCCAAAAUGGUCUUGAAGGACAAGCAGCCACCGUUGACAACGCUGCCAAUAUGAAUGUUGCUCCCAAGAAGCUCCACCUGCUCAAGUUUGGGCGUUUUGCUCACACCUUAAACGUUCCCACUCAGGGAUUUCUUCGAGUCACGCUGUCUGGACUUCCUGUGCAUAACGGAGACGUGGCUCGGUGCCGGCUUCUCCUGGGAGGUGUCGUCGGAGACGUGUGGCCCUCAGGCGCCGGACGGAGGGAGCAGGUGCCAGCGGUCCGUGGGGAGCCAGCGGUCAUCAGGGAGGAGCCUGCAAUCCAGGAGGAAGCCCAGGUGCCGCUGCAGGUCUUCAAAGAUAAGGUUGCUUUUUUUCCUCUCCCUAGUGAUAGUGGUAGUGUUAGUAAACCUCAGUCCGUCCGCGGUCGUGUGGCAAUGGUCGAGAGGGAUCGUCUGAGAAUAAGUCCAGGGCCGAAGCCUUUUGAGCUGUGUGGCGUUAGGGUUAGUGGCGGUGCAAGUCCAGCGUUGUCUGGAGCUUCUGUAGAGAGUUGCAUCUUUGAGAUGAACACUGCUGCAGCACCUGAGCUUAGUGACAUAAAUGAUGUUUGUGCUACCACCUCCUUGUUUGAGAGUGAUGCAGGUCCAGCUGUGAGCCACGCACAAUCCGGUGUUUCUGUGGAGAGUGGCUUCAUAGAGAUGAGCACUGCUCCGGCACCAGGAUUAAGUGACCUUGAAAAAUGA